CUAAGCAUCAUCAUGCCUGAACCAGCCAAGCCCGCGCCCAAGAAGGGCUCUAAGAAGGCCGUCACCAAGACCGCCGUUAAGGGAGGAAAGAAGCGCAGAAAGUCCAGGAAGGAGAGUUACGCCAUCUACGUGUACAAAGUCCUCAAGCAGGUCCACCCCGACACCGGCAUCUCUUCCAAGGCGAUGGGCAUCAUGAACUCUUUCGUCAACGACAUCUUCGAGCGCAUCGCCGGCGAGUCGUCUCGUCUCGCGCACUACAACAAGCGCUCCACCAUCACGUCGAGAGAGAUCCAGACCGCCGUGCGUCUGCUGCUGCCCGGUGAGCUCGCCAAACACGCCGUGUCCGAGGGCACCAAAGCCGUCACCAAGUACACCAGCUCCAAGUAAAGCGACGCUUUCAUCCGCCGCACCCAAAGGCUCUUUUAAGAGCCACCCAUGACGUCACUCCAAAGAGUUUCUGAUAUUGGGUUUGUAGAACUCGUGUUAAAUCUUUGCACGUCUCGUUGAUGAUCAUUGAUAUUAUUUUGAUCAGAUUAAGUGAAUAUUCUGUUGUGUGGUGAAGUGUAAGUGAGGAACACGAGUUUCUCUCGUCCUGCAUGUUUAAAUCCACACUUGUAUUGACGAUGUUUCUGUGUAGAGUGUCAACCAAACUCAUGGUCUUAAUCGAGACAUAUACUGUAGGCCCAGUUAGUAGUUUCCUUUCAAUUCAUUUUAUAACUUCAAACUAAAAGUAGGUUUGUUCUAAGAGAGAAACUUAUUUGCCAUAUUUUUUUUUUUCAAAUGAAAUGUGUUUUUUCACAUUUUUCAUUCAAAGGCUGUUUGAAAACUAGCAAACUUCGAGUUGUGACAUGGCCUGAUGAAUAUAUGAUUUUCCUUACAACAAAACAAUUUGAUUGUACAUAUUUUUCUUUAAAGACACAGUUCAUCAAGAGAGAAAAUUAGAUCAUCUAAAAGCUAUUUUGUUAAUGUCGAAAAACCAAACAUUGCAUUGUUUAAAUAAAGCAAAACGUUGUGUAUUUAAUAAAGCAUAAAAUGAUUCGACUUGAACAUUCAAACCACUGCGAUCAAGCGGACCACAAACUGUUUCUGAGUUUCAGGUGUUUAUUUGGGAUAUAUUUGUCACCUCACAUGAUAAGUAUAAUUGUGUCAUGAAUAUUAUAUUUUUAUCUAAUCUGGGAACCUA